GUUUUAGAAAUUGUGAUGUUAAAAAGGGUAAAAGAUGAAGGCACAAGUCCGAAGUACUUAAACGCUGCCGUUUUACUCUAUUUAUUACCCUUUUAGCUGAUGUAUCGGCCCAUUUCUCGUUUGAGGUCACAGGAAGAGAUCGGUUCUGUUGCUUGGCACGUCGGCGGUGACUUAGGUUUAGACAUGGCAACCAAGUACAUAAUAUCUGCUGUAUUGGGAUCAUUUGCUGUUGCAUAUGCAUGUGACUUCCUGACUUCUGACAAGAAGAUAUUUGGAGGCACUACUCCAAAAACCGUUGCAAACAAGGAAUGGUGGGAGGAGACUGACAAGAAGUUCCAAGCAUGGCCCCGAACAGCAGGUCCCCCAGUGGUCAUGAACCCCAUCAGUCGUCAGAAUUUUAUUGUCAAGUCCCAGUCUGAAUCUUGAAUAUCCAUUUUGUGCCAGUGCUUUGUCAAUUGGUGUCCCUCAAUCUGUCUUUUACUCUGUUUAUGUAGUACUUCUUUGAUACCAUGGGUGAUGGCCGAAGAGUGACCCUAAGUUUCAUGUCAUAAUAUGGCCUCUGUGCCCUUUGAUUUGCACACAGUUUGUGGGAGAGUGACAAUGAUAUCAUAAUGGCCUUGAUGCCCUUUUAUUUGCUCUUUUA